CUCCUGCCCCUCCUUCUUUUCGACAAGAUGGCCACCACCGGGGUAUCAGCAAGUGCUCCUCCGGCCACGCCAGCCCCAGCCCCGGUGGCGGCACCAGCAUCGGCCUCAGCCUCAGUCCCAGCGCCAACGCCAGGACGGCUGCGGCCUCCGGUUCCCGCUGCGCCAGCCGCAUCCUCAGACCCUGCGGGCAGCAGCGGGCUAACUGCCGCUCCUGGCAGACCCCGGCGUCGGCGCAAAGCUCCAGCGCAGACCCCAGCGCCCGCUCUGCCUGGUCCGCUCCCAGGGCCCUUCCCCGGCGGCCGCGUGGUCAGGCUGCACCCAGUGAUUUUGGCCUCCAUUGGUGGACAGGUACGAGAGACGCAGAUGAGGGUGCUGCCCGAGCUUAUCGGGACCCUGUUGGGAACUGUCGACAAGCACUCAGUGGAGGUCACCAAUUGCUUUUCAGUGCCACACAAUGAGUCAGAAGAUGAAGUGGCUGUUGACAUGGAAUUUGCUAAGAACAUGUAUGAACUGCAUAAAAAAGUUUCUCCAAAUGAGCUCAUCCUGGGCUGGUACGCUACAGGCCAUGACAUCACAGAGCACUCUGUGCUAAUCCAUGAGUACUACAGCCGAGAGGCCCCCAACCCCAUCCACCUCACUGUGGACACAAGUCUCCAGAACGGCCGCAUGAGCAUCAAAGCCUAUGUCAGUACUUUAAUGGGUGUCCCUGGGAGGACCAUGGGAGUGAUGUUCACACCUCUGACAGUGAAAUACGCAUACUAUGACACUGAACGCAUCGGAGUUGACCUGAUCAUGAAGACCUGCUUUAGCCCCAACAGAGUGAUUGGACUUUCAAGUGACUUGCAGCAAGUAGGAGGGGCAUCAGCUCGCAUCCAGGAUGCCCUGAGCACAGUGUUGCAAUAUGCAGAGGAUGUACUGUCUGGAAAGGUGUCAGCUGACAAUACUGUGGGCCGCUUCCUGAUGAGCCUGGUUAACCAAGUACCCAAAAUAGUUCCCGAUGACUUCGAGACCAUGCUCAACAGCAACAUCAAUGACCUGCUGAUGGUGACCUACCUGGCCAACCUCACACAGUCACAGAUUGCCCUCAAUGAAAAACUUGUAAACCUGUGAAUAGGACCCCAAGCAGUACGCCUGCUGGUAUAGGUCUUAAACCCAGGACUCAGAAGUGAAGGAGAAAUGGGUUUUUUGUGGUCUUGAGUCACACUGAGACAGUCAACUGUGUGUGACUCUAAUAAACAUAGCCUACCUUUUGUAAAUUAA